UAGACUCACUGUCUCUCUCUCGGGGAAGAGAGAGAGAAACAAAGCUGCAAAAGAAUGCAGAAUGAACGAGUUGAACUCACUGCGAAUACCGAGUUGAGUUAGGGUUUCGAGAUUCCCAUCCACUGCUUCAUCACCGACAUGUCCAAACGCUAUGCUACUGUUCAUUCUCUCUUAAAAAAGAUAGCCAUUAAAGCCUCGACCCUAAGUUAUCAGUUGUGAAAGCUAUAUCAUCAGUUGCAAGCAAUCAAACCGACAACAAAAACGACAACGUAGCCUCGCCGGAACAUGUUGGAAUACGAAUGGGGAAACCCGUCAUCGGUACUGUUAUCGGGCGAAGAGACAACCCAAGAACUCGACCCGAAUCGUCAGAUUUUUCAUCACUAUGCCACUACCGACCAACCUUUCAAUGGAACUCUCCUUUCCCAUCAAAACAGCACCGUUUUUUCUCACCCAAACCACUUCCAUAGCCCUAACCAAGCUCAACCAAACGCCAAUUUUCAUUCAUUAUAUGACCCGCACUCCUACUCCGGCGCCUCCGCGUACUCCACGGUCCACGCUUCCUUGCUCUCACUGGACCCUGUUCCCGGCGUUGGAGGAGACGGAAGCGGUUACUUUCUUGUUCCGAAGACGGAGGAAGUUCAAGUUCCUAGACCUGUUGAUUUCACGGCGAGGAUUGGUCUCAACUUGGGUGGCCGUACUUACUUCUCCUCCGCCGAAGAUGACUUUGUGAAUCGGCUCUAUCGCCGGCCCAGGCCCGGAGAUCUCAGCUCAACCAAUUCCCCCAGGUGUCAAGCCGAGGGUUGCCACGCCGAUCUUACCCACGCUAAGCACUACCAUCGCCGCCAUAAAGUCUGUGAGUUCCAUUCCAAAGCUUCCACCGUCAUGGCCGCCGGUUUAACUCAACGAUUCUGCCAACAGUGCAGCAGAUUCCAUCUACUGUCGGAAUUCGACAAUGGGAAGCGUAGCUGUCGGAAGAGACUGGCUGAUCACAAUCGACGGAGGCGAAAAUCUCAACAGCAACCCAAUACUAGUCAAGAGAACCAGAAGCAUCUCCCCUCAUCUGAUAAUCACCAAAGGUCACCGCCGGAUUCGGGGGUUCAGUCUUCUUCUUCAGUAACGGUGGCAGUAUCGCCACCGCGAAUGUCAUUGGAUUGUUUCAAGCAAAGACCUUACAAUGGAACGGCAUCUUCAUCAUCGUCCGCCACACUUUUUUUCUCACCUGGGUAAUUGCUAACAAGUAAUGCCAUUCAACCACAUAUAUAUAUUAUAGACAAUGAAAAUAUUGGAAGAAGGUAACCAAG